AUGGAUACACUCUUAACUGCCGAGAUUGCGGCCAACGCACCGCGGUACCGUCGCAAGAGUUCAACCUUUAUCGACGGCAUUCACGAUGUCACAGACCAAGACAAUAUGGCCCCGGCCCAGCUUUACAGCACAAUGUCUGGCAGGCUCUUCCAUUCAGGCCGUAUUGCUAUCGUUAUGGUUGGCCUCCCCGCGCGGGGCAAGACUCAUAUCUGUGUUUCCAUGGCACGGUAUCUUCAGUGGCUCGGUGUCAAGACGCGGAUUUUCCACCUAGGCGACUACCGCCGUGCUACCGUUGGCGAGGGCGGACAUGUUCCUCAGGACUACUUUUACCCCAAUGCCUCUCCAGCCUCGACCAUGCUCCGACAAAAGAUACUGAAGAAGUGCAGGGAGGAUAUCUACGCGUGGCUCAACCACGAAAAUGGCCAAGUUGCUAUCUACGACGCCGUCAAUCCUACUGCGGCUGGACGCCGUGCGCUUGCAAAGGAGUUUGCCAAACACGAUGUGCAGACUUUGUUUCUGGAAUCGUACGUCAAUGAUGAGGAGAUUCUCAAGGAAAAUGCCAGGAACGUCAAGAUCCAUUCGCCGGAUUUUGAUGGCAUGGAUCCUGAUGAAGCAGCCGAACGGUACUUGAAGCGGAUCGAAACUAAAAUUCCGAUUUUCGAAACCAUGCAAGAGGAAGAACUAAACUACGUGAAGAUGAUUAACGCCGGCCAGGCAUUCUUCUACAACAAUGUCAGCUUCAACUACCUCUCGCAUCGCAUCGUCUUCUACCUUACGAACCUGCACAUCAAAGCCCGCACAACCUUCUUUGUCCGGGCUGGGCCAGCAGAAGGCGAAGAGUCCUACAAAUCCGACGCUCCUCUCUCUGAAGAAGGCAGAUCAUACGCAGAGAAGAUGACCGAGACCCUUCUCCGACAUCGGGAGCAAGAAAGGAAGACCAACAGCGAACAGGCCGGCCACGAGGUUCCUCUAAGGCCUCUGGCUGUUUGGACAUCUACGAGACUCCGCACGAUCCAGACGGCCGAUCCCCUGAAAGAGCGAGGCUAUAAUGUUCGGCAACGCUCGCAGAUGAGCCAAAUCAACCCCGGUGUGUGCGAGAAGUUGUCGGAGAUGGCUAUCCGUAGACUAUAUCCCGAAGAGGUGGAAAAGCACGAGCUUGACCCAUACCAUCACCGUUAUCCCCGUGCAGAGUCGUACCACGACCUCGCUGUCCGUCUCGAGCCCAUCAUUCUCGAACUCGAACGCGAGCAGAACGAUGUGCUUAUCAUUGCUCAUGAGAGCGUUCUGCGCGUUCUGUACUCAUACCUGAUGCACUGCAGACCCAUGGAGAUCCCCAAGCUCAAAUUCCCGAGGGAUGAGAUUAUCGAGAUCAUUCCGGCGGCGUAUCAGAAUGAAGCUAAGCGCAUUCAUAUCCCCGGCCUUGACCCGCAGUUUACCCCCGGGUCGCCCGAGGACAUCCGCAUCCCCGUCCCCAGCAUUUCCAGCAGUAACCUGCCGCCUAUUGAUGGAAUAAGCAGCCCUGUCGAGCCAUCCUCCAUGGACAACCUUUUGACCACGCGGCCUCCUGAGAAGGUGGUGAAUAACACCAAGGAGAUGGUGGCGGAUAAGGUGGCCGAUCUUGAUUAA